AUACAUUGUUAUUCCAUCUAACUCUCCUAUGUCUAGAUGUGUCUGUCUUAGUUUAGGGAUUUAGUUAUUAUUUUUGGGGUAUACUGACCCUUUUAUUAAUGCAGUUAAGUACUUUCUCGGUCAGUGACCUCAUUAUUUUGUAUUAACCUACUAAUGACAAUGAGAACAUAAUUAUAUGUAAUCCCUAGUUCUGUAUACAAUUUGUUUAGCACAGAUUUUAUACAAUGUAUACUGUACAUUUCGCAUUAAAUGCCCAUUUUACCCCUUCAUUUGCAGAAAAAAAGAGAACUGUCAAUCAUCCUUAAACUCUGGGGGUGUCUCCAUGCCCCCCAAAAUGUGCCUUAUUAUUAUUAUUAUUAUUAUUACAUCUUGCUCUCAGGUUCAGAUCCCAAAGUUGUGUUUGACUGCUCUAGUCUAGCAAUGUCCCAGUGUUUACACUCUAUGACUGUUAUUUGAUAUGGCAUUAUGGUGGAUCACUGUCCCCCUCCUGGAUGAGAUCCUGUGACAAGUGUCCUUAAUAUAGUUGUGUGAUACUUGGACGAGAGUUCAUGCUUCAUAUAAACUGGAGUUGUGGUAUCUGCAGAGCAACCAGGAGCUGCCUUCAUGAGCUUGUUCUGGUGGCAAAGUGUUGAGAGGCUUCAACGAGUGAAGCCAGUCAAGGAGAAAUCAGGAGACCAGUCUCCGGCCAUGGAAUCAGCAGUGCAGCUUCUGAGCCGGGACAGUCACACCAUAUCCCACAAUUCUAAGCGGCAUUACCAUGAUGCCUUCGUGUGCAUGAAUAGAAUGCGUCAACGGGGACUCCUAUGUGAUAUCGUGCUUCACGUGGGAACCAAGGAAAUCAAGGGCCAUAAAGUGGUGCUGGCAUCCUGCAGUCCUUAUUUCCAUGCCAUGUUUACAAAUGAAAUGAGUGAAAGCCGGCAGACACAUGUGACCUUGCACGACAUUGACCCCCAGGCCCUGGACCAGCUGGUACAGUAUGCAUACACAGCAGAAAUUGUAGUGGGUGAAGGUAAUGUUCAGACUCUCCUCCCAGCUGCCAGCCUACUGCAACUCAAUGGGGUGAGGGAUGCUUGCUGCAAGUUCCUCCUCAGCCAGCUAGACCCUUCCAACUGCCUCGGGAUCCGCAGCUUUGCCGACACACACUCCUGCAGCGAUCUGUUGAAGUCUGCGCACAAGUAUGUAUUGCAGCACUUUGUGGAGGUGUCCAAGACAGAGGAGUUCAUGCUCCUUCCACUGAAACAGGUGCUGGACUUAAUUUCUAGUGAUAGUCUCAAUGUUCCCUCAGAAGAAGAGGUAUACCGAGCUGUCCUAAACUGGGUCAAACACGAUGUUGAUGGCAGGAGACAGCAUGUUCCUCGGCUGAUGAAGUGUGUACGGCUUCCAUUGCUGAGUAGGGAUUUCCUGAUAAGCAGUGUGGACACGGAGCUGCUUGUUCGUCAUCACUCCGAAUGUAAAGACCUGCUGAUCGAGGCUCUCAAGUACCAUCUGAUGCCAGAACAGCGCGGAGUAUUGAGUAAUAGUCGAACCAGGCCUAGACGCUGCGAAGGAGCCAGCACUGUGCUGUUUGCAGUAGGUGGUGGAAGCCUCUUUGCCAUACAUGGUGACUGUGAAGCAUAUGAUACUCGGACUGACCGCUGGCACAUGGUCGCUUCUAUGUCUACUAGAAGAGCCCGAGUAGGUGUAGCAGCCAUUGGAAACAAGCUGUAUGCCGUAGGAGGAUAUGAUGGCACAUCCGAUCUUGCCACGGUGGAAUCAUAUGACCCAGUUACAAAUACAUGGCAGCCAGAGGUCUCCAUGGGAACACGGCGCAGCUGUUUAGGAGUCGCCGUACUCCAUGGACUGUUGUAUGCUGCCGGCGGAUAUGAUGGUGCUUCUUGUUUAAACAGUGCAGAGCGUUAUGACACUCUGACUGGUACGUGGACUUCUAUAGCGGCCAUGAGCACCAGACGAAGAUAUGUCCGAGUGGCAACCCUAGAUGGAAAUCUGUAUGCAGUUGGAGGAUAUGACAGCUCUUCACACCUGGCUACAGUAGAAAAAUAUGAACCACAGAUGAACUCCUGGACUCCAAUCGCCAAUAUGCUGAGCCGCCGGAGCAGUGCUGGGGUGGCUGUACUGGAAGGGAUGUUGUAUGUAGCAGGUGGAAACGAUGGGACUAGCUGUCUGAAUUCAGUGGAACGAUAUAACCCAAAGGCUAACACAUGGGAGAGUGUAGCCCCAAUGAAUAUUAGGAGGAGCACCCAUGAUCUUGUAGCUAUGGACGGCUGGCUCUAUGCAGUUGGGGGCAAUGAUGGGAGCUCCAGUUUGAAUUCCAUUGAGAAAUACAACCCACGCACCAACAAGUGGGUGGCAACAUCCUGCAUGUUUACUCGAAGGAGCAGCGUAGGGGUGGCGGUACUAGAACUUCUCAACUUCCCUCCUCCGUCUUCUCCAACUCUGUCUGUGUCUUCCACCAGUCUCUGACAAAGAAUCCACUUCUUCACAUUGAGUAGGGAUUUGCAUUGUCUACCAGAACCGAGGACGGGGAGCCAAGGUAGAAGAUCUUUAGCUUAGCAAUUUUAGGGUUGUUCUUCUCAAGAUACCCCAGUUGUCCCUGGAACCACUUCACUGGUGGGAAAGCCAAUAAACUAGUUAGACUCAAAUGGGAGAACCUGUUGGUGGAUUUUCCUGGAAAGAUUGGAUGAAGGUCAAUGCUUACUGUGCCACUUGGAGCACUGCAUAAGUCUCUUGAGCAGGAAUGGGGUUAAAACACCUCUAAACUUACCAUCUUCUGUAUAUAUCUAUUUAUACAAAUAAUAUUAAAAAACAAAACUACUUUAACUCUCUUGGGCAUCAUGGAAUUCUACCAGUAGUCUGUGAUAAAGCAAAUCCUAUAGGAAUACAUGGCGUGCAAUAUGGCAGAUGUUCUAAUGACUACUUAUAACAAUUAUAUAAUCCUGUUAAGUCCAUCGUGCGGAUGGACUUAAUGUUCCAAAAGACACUGUAAUAACGCAAAUCUGUAUUUUUAUUUUAUUAUAGUUUUUUGGUUUUGAAUUAUGAACUGACCAGGGUAGCAUCCCUUAUAGCACUGAUAAAUGAUACAAGACUUGGAACUAUUGUGCGUAGGCAAAAUAAUCCAAAUCUGCAGACUCCAUCCUUUACUCCAUCCCUAUCCACUGGGUGCUAUCUUUUUUGUUUUGUUUUGUUUUAGUUUUGCAAACUCCUUCGAUCCUGGGACAGCUACGGCACAAUUUGCACGUAACAUUGUAUUGACAUGCUUCUGAUGAAUACUCUAGCCUACACGGCAUUCUUAGGAACCUAUCACCACCUCAGCGUGGUUACUGUUGGGUGUAAGUUGAGAGCUGAAUGUUGCACUUCCGAAGGACUUCCGAAGUCCAGGCAGCGGAAUCAUUCUUCUGUCUUUUUUCUCUCUGCUCAUACUUCUAUAUUUUCUCUAUCUCUAUCUCGAUUAACCUCAUACAUAUUCUGCAAUAAGUAUUACUGUAUAUUUAUUUUUCUUGAAACAAGAAAAACACCAAAAACGUGUGUAUCGGUUGCAGUGUGCAUAUUUAAACCUUCCGAGUGCUGGAGGGUUCUUGCCCUUCUAACUGUAUAGUAAAUAGCUCUUUGAUUAUCUUAACCUAGAUAUCCUCUUACACCUCGUUUGGUUUUUCAUGUCCUGUAAUCGUCCUUUGAAUUUAUUUUUUUUGGCAUGUUCUGAGUGUCACUUGACAUGGAAUUAUUUGCCAGACACUGGCGUUAAUAUGUUACCUUUACACUCUUUCUCUGAGAUAUACAUUUGUAUCUAUAAUAUAAUGUAUGGGGAUUGGACAGCAUGACCUUCCCACACUGCACCUCUUCACAGGUGCUCACUACCCAUUGCCUUGCAUCUCAACGAGAACUCAGCACUGACUAUAGAUCACUGCACAGGGGUUAUACAGAGCAGCUUCCCACUGCGGCAUACAUGGAAACUCUUUGUUGUUCUAUCUGAGAGUAGAGUGUUAUAUGUUUGUUCUAAUUUUAUAUAUGCAUUAUAUUGAAGAGCAGUAGCGCAUCUACUGCAGUAGGAUUAUUCAAAUUGACAAUACUGGAAAAAAAAACUAAUGCCUUAUAAUUGGAAUGUUCAAUUUUACGUUGUGGCAUUUAUUUGUGUAUUUAUUUAUAUAAAACAAUUAUUUCCUAAAACUUUUAUGACCUCCAUCCAUAUGCACUGUCAUGUUAAAUGCAUACCGGUUUUACUAAUUUAAUGAUGUGAUUUAUUAACUGCUAUGAUGGGAAAUGUAACUGCAGAAAAUGACGGUUCGUGCCUGUACUUUUGUGGUUGGAUGUCUGAUCUCUCCAGCACUUUGGAUUGGGCUGAAAUAGGCUGGAACCUCUAGGACAAUAAAUAUCUUUCAAAUCGCUAAAGAGA